AUGCUCAUCAACCCACUCUCCUUCCUCCUUCUCCUCGCGGCGCCACUUGCGCUCGCCAACCCCGUCCCCAACCCCGAGGCUGUCGCCGACCCAGGCGUUGAGGCCGACCCAUUCAAAAGGCCGCCGCCCACAAAGCCCACCCCUGUCUGUGGCACCGUCACUUCGACCUGCUAUUCUACCAAAACUGUGCCUGGGGCGGGAGGUCCCACCGUCACCUCCACCUGCGGUGAGUGGUGCUAUACCACCAUCACAAAGACGCAGGACAAGACCAUCUGCUCGACCACCACCGUCACCUCCACCAAGACGUCGACCCCCACCAUUACCGUCACUGCUCCCCCCACCAAGACUGUUACCAGUACCGUGUGCGCCGCCACAAAGACCGUCUGCGCCAACCAGUGGAGCAAGAAAGAAAUCCCCGAUCACCUCACCAACGCCCAGCGUCUGCAGUACGGUCUCCCCCCUCGUGGCCCCACAGAGAAGCGCAAGCGUACAUCUGGUUUGGACAGCCGUGGCGGCGGCGGCGGCGGCGGCGGCGGCGGCGGCGGCGGAGGAGGAGGCGGCGGAGGAGGAGGCGGCGGAGGAGGAGGCGGCGGAGGCGGCAACCCCGGGCCCUCGUGCACUCCCACCACAGUAGUGACUACCUCGACCAUAACCAAGACCGUUCCCAGCACAACCGACACUGCCUACAACACCAAGGUGACCACCCAGACCUCCACCACCUUCACGACCACCAAGGGCCCUCCCGUGACCACGACUGUGUCGUGCGCCACCGCCACCACUGUCGUCGUCAAAACCACUGCCACCGUCACCAAGAAGUGCUAG